UUUUUCGGUUUUUGUUUUCAUAUGAAAUUUAUUUCGCAAAUGUACUCGUCCUGCAAUUACUACGAAAAAAUAGAUUUCAGGUUGUCUGAAGAUCUGGAGAAAUAUCAAAAUGCUUUUUAUUACUCUCCACAUUGAAGGUUAAGUAAUUUUCAAUAAUUUGAUGUUAAUUAUUUAAAUGGUAAUGAUUCUCUUGAAUAAUGUUUGAGGUUGAAUUUGCAGCAUCCGGAUUUCGUCGAGAGAUUCACUUUUCCCGAAGAACUUUUCGAAUUAUUUUCACUCUCAAUGUGUAUUUUACAGCUAAAACCCUUUGAGUUAAUUCGAGAAUUCGUUUUCUCAAUUGUUGUAAACAAAUUGUUCUUUAUCUUCAGGGCAUGCUGAAAGUUCUUUUCCAAAUAUAAGAUAUUGUCCUGUCAAUUUUCGGAUCAUGAGUUUCUCUUAUUCGCAAGUAUUGAUAAAAAAAAAUAGGAAAACUCGAAUUUCCAUUGGAUAAGUUUGAAAUGACAAGGUCAUUGUACACAGUGUAGAAAUCAGAAGGGAGACAUACGAUACAAAAUAUAAAUAAAUCAAUUACGAGGCUUUCGAAUUAGUUUGUCGUUGACCACAGCUACGAAAGGUAAAAUUUUUGUUUACGUCCUGGGGAGCAUCCUAUUCCCGUGCCUCCGACGAAAUAUGGCGUUAUCGUUGGCAAUUGCCCUGGCAGGAUUAAAAGUUGAAGACUUCAGUACUCUCCUGACACAUUUAAAGAGCGAUCACGAUCUCCAUGAUGGAAGAUCAUCUCCGAGCACAAGAAGUGAUUCCAGUGGUGUCAGCAGUCUGGAGCCUUCCUCGAGGUACACGACUGCCACUUCGACGCCGUUUUCCUCAAGACCCGGAACGCCAAAUGAUGAUCAGAACAUCAUCGGUCACGAUUUGCCUAAAGUACCGUGGAAAAAGGUGUCGGUUAUUGGGAGUGGUCGCAAGAAUCAGAAAAAAUGUCAGGACACGAAGGAAAAGUUGUUAUCCACUCCGGAACACCAAGAGGAAACCCCCAAGAGGGAUAUACUCGAUCUUAUGAGCAACAUCAAGUAUUCUGAGUGGAGUAUCAGACAUCCCGACGUCUAUACCAGCAGUGUUCGCAAUUUUAUGGAGAAUAGGUCUGUUUACUUUCGACUCAGUGAUGACGCACUUUUGGAGGAUUAUCCAGUUAGAGAAUGUAAACCCUGUAAUUUUCGGGAGCCGUCGCCCUAUUUAUGCAAAUGAAUAUUGUGACAUUAUAUAUCAACGACUAAACUAAAAAAAAAACAAUUAUAGAAACGUAAGCGGCAGCCGAUUAAUUAGCGGAAAAUAAUUGACAAGAGGUGACACGAUAAGAGAUAAGAGAAACUAAAUAGACGAAGAUGUUAAAAAUGCAUCCAACAAUGUGAUAAUGUAGAUAUUUAAGAAUUUUUUUAAGCCCGACGAUGAUUGUCUGUCUUUUUUAAUUAUUCAUUUUAAAGCUUAUAAAAAGGAGUUUGAAUUUUCCGUGAAUCGGUUACGGGUUGCAGAGUACUGAUUAGAUAAGUUUUUUUUUUUCCAAUUACUUUGUAUUUUGUCCAACUGCUCACCAUUGCAUGUUACAUUUAACUAUUCGAAUGUAGCGUCAUUAUUUCUGAUAUAUUAUUACCAAUAUGUGACCAUUGUUUAUCGAUAUUAAUAAACAAUUGUUAUAUUGUAAUUUGACAAUGUACAAGCAAAGAAAUUCGAUUGGAAGUUCAAAUAAAUUGGAAGUUUCGAUUAAUGUAUUUUAAAAA